AUGAGAAAGAGCUUUUGCUAUAGAAGCUACAAUGGAACCUUCUGUGAGAAUGAACUGCCCUUCAAUGUGACCAAGAGGAUGUGCUGCUGCACGUACAAUGUUGGCAAAGCCUGGAACAAGCCUUGUGAGCCGUGUCCAACCCCAGGAACAGCGGAAUUUAAGACCAUUUGUGGGAAUAUUCCUGGCUUCACCUUUGACAUCCAUACUGGCAAAGCUGUUGAUAUUGAUGAAUGUAAGGAGAUCCCAGGGAUCUGUGCAAAUGGUGUUUGCAUUAACCAGAUUGGCAGUUUCCGCUGUGAAUGUCCCACAGGAUUCAGCUACAGUGACCUACUCUUGGUCUGUGAAGAUAUUGAUGAGUGCAGCAAUGGAGACAAUCUCUGUCAGAGAAAUGCAGACUGUAUCAACAGUCCUGGGAGUUACCGCUGUGAAUGUGCUGCAGGUUUCAAACUUUCACCUAAUGGUGCCUGUAUUGAUCGCAAUGAAUGUUUGGAAAUUCCGAAUGUUUGCAGUCAUGGCAUGUGUGUGGACUUGCAAGGAGGUUACCAGUGCAUCUGUCACAAUGGUUUUAAGGCAUCCCAAGACCAAACCAUGUGCAUGGAUGUUGAUGAAUGUGAACGCCAUCCAUGUGGAAAUGGAACUUGUAAAAACACAGUUGGAUCAUAUAACUGUCUUUGUUACCCAGGAUUUGAGCUCACUCACAAUAAUGACUGUAUGGAUAUUGAUGAGUGCAGUUCCUUCUUUGGUCAGGUGUGCAGAAAUGGACGAUGUUUUAAUGAAAUUGGUUCUUUCAAAUGUUUAUGUAAUGAAGGAUAUGAACUUACUCCAGAUGGCAAGAAUUGCAUUGAUACUAAUGAGUGUAUGGCACUUCCUGGUGCAUGCUUUCCUGGUACUUGUCAGAACUUGGAAGGGUCAUUCAGAUGCAUCUGCCCACCAGGAUAUGAAGUGAAAAGUGAAAGCUGUAUUGAUAUUGAUGAGUGCAAUGAAGACCCCAACAUCUGUCUCUUUGGCUCCUGCACUAAUACUCCAGGAGGCUUUCAGUGCAUCUGUCCCAUAGGCUUUGUGCUGUCUGACAAUGGACGAAGGUGUUUUGAUACCCGGCAGAGCUUCUGUUUCACUAACUUUGAAAAUGGGAAAUGCUCUGUCCCAAAGGCUUUCAACACCACCAAGGCAAAAUGUUGCUGCAGUAAGAUGCCAGGAGAGGGAUGGGGUGACCCUUGUGAGCUCUGCCCUAAGGAAGAAGAAGUUGCUUUCCAGGAUUUGUGUCCCUAUGGCCAUGGAACUAUCCCUGGGAUUGAUGAUACACGGGAAGAUGUCAAUGAAUGUCUUGAGAGCCCAGGCAUUUGUUCAAAUGGUCAUUGUAUCAACACUGACGGAUCAUUCCGCUGUGAGUGCCCCAUGGGAUACAACUUAGAUUACACUGGAGUGCACUGUGUGGAUACUGAUGAAUGUUCGAUUGGCAAUCCAUGUGGAAAUGGCACAUGCACUAAUGUGAUUGGUAGUUUUGAAUGUAACUGUCAUGAAGGGUUUGAGCCAGGCCCAAUGAUGAAUUGUGAAGACAUAAAUGAGUGUGCUCAGAACCCUUUGCUGUGUGCUUUUCGGUGCAUCAACACUUACGGUUUCUAUGAAUGCACCUGUCCGGUUGGCUAUGAACUGAGAGAAGACCAAAAGAUGUGCAAAGAUCUGGAUGAAUGUGCUGAAGGUCUUCAUGAUUGUGAAUCAAGAGGCAUGAUGUGCAAAAACUUGAUUGGCACCUUCAUGUGUAUCUGCCCUCCUGGAAUGACCCGUAGACCUGAUGGAGAAGGCUGCAUGGAUGAAAAUGAAUGCCGUACCAAGCCAGGUAUCUGUGAAAAUGGUCGCUGUGUGAACAUUAUUGGAAGCUACAGGUGUGAAUGUAAUGAAGGAUUCCAGUCAAGCCCAUCAGGCACUGAGUGCCUUGAUAACCGCCAAGGAUUCUGCUUUGCUGAAGUUUUACAGACAAUGUGCCAGAUGGCUUCCAGUAGCCGUAACCUUGUCACCAAGUCAGAGUGCUGCUGUGAUGGAGGGCGAGGCUGGGGUAACCAGUGUGAGCUUUGUCCACUGCCAGGAACCACCCAAUAUAAGAAACUCUGUCCACAUGGACCAGGAUAUACAACAGAUGGAAGAGAUAUUGAUGAAUGUAAGGUCAUGCCAAACCUGUGUAGAAAUGGCCAGUGCAUCAACACAAUGGGUUCCUUCAGAUGCUUUUGUAAAGUUGGCUACACCACUGAAAUAAGUGGGACAUCCUGUGUAGAUCUUGAUGAAUGCUCCCAGUCACCAAAACCAUGCAACUUUAUCUGCAAGAACUCAGAAGGAAGCUACCAGUGCUCAUGUCCCCGUGGCUACAUCCUGCAAGAGGAUGGAAAGACAUGUAAAGAUCUUGAUGAAUGUCAAACCAAACAACACAACUGCCAGUUCCUCUGUGUCAACACUCUUGGGGGCUUCACAUGUAAAUGUCCACCAGGCUUCACUCAACAUCAUACUGCUUGUAUUGAUAACAAUGAGUGUGGUUCACAGCCAUCACUUUGUGGAUCAAAAGGAAUCUGUCAAAACACUCCUGGAAGUUUCAGCUGUGAGUGUCAGAGAGGCUUCUCUCUGGAUUCUACUGGAUUAAACUGUGAAGAUGUGAAUGAAUGCGAUGGAAACCAUAGGUGCCAGCAUGGCUGCCAGAACAUUCUGGGUGGCUACAGAUGUGGGUGCCCACAAGGGUACAUUCAACAUUAUCAAUGGAAUCAGUGUGUUGAUGAAAAUGAAUGUACCAAUCCUAAUGCUUGUGGCACCGCUUCCUGCUACAACACACUCGGAAGUUACAAGUGUGCCUGUCCAUCUGGAUUUUCUUAUGACCAGUUCUCUAGUGCAUGCUAUGAUGUGAAUGAGUGUUCCUCCACUAAAAACCCCUGCAAUUAUGGCUGUUCCAACACAGAAGGUGGUUAUCUCUGUGGCUGCCCUCCUGGAUACUACAGAGUAGGACAAGGCCAUUGUGUCUCUGGAAUGGGAUUUAACAAAGGCCAGUACCUCCCUCUCGGUGGAGAUUUAGAUGAAGAAAAUGCUUUGUCCCCUGAAGCAUGUUAUGAAUGCAAAAUCAAUGGCUACGCCAAUAAAAGCAGGAAGAAAAGAAGUGUGAAUGAAACGGAGCAAGCAGAGAUUGAGCAGAUUAGCUUGGAAAGCUUAGACAUUGACUCUCCUUUGAAGAUGAGGCUGAACUUCUCUGGACUUGGUAACAAAGAACAUAUUCUAGAACUCAUGCCAGCCAUACAGCCCCUUACAAACCAUGUCCGCUACGUCAUCUCCCACGGCAAUGACUAUGGCAUCUUUCAAAUCCAUCAGAGGGAUGGACUUAGUUAUCUGCACACAGCUAAGAAAAAGUCAGUGCCUGGCACUUACACACUGGAAAUCACUAGCAUUCCUCUAUACAAGAAGAAGGAGCUAAAGAAACUGGAAGAUAGUAAUGAGGACAACUACCUCCUAGGAGAGCUUGGAGAAGUGCUCAGAAUGAGACUGUGGAUUGAACUCUAUUAGCCACCCCUUCUAGACUUAAUCCAGUUCUUGAAUCACUUCUGUUCAUCUAUUUAUCCACCUGAGCAUGUCUACUUUUCAAAAGCUUUAAGGAGUCAAUGACUUAAAAGAAAAAAAAAAAUCUAUCUUUCCAUCCUGCCAAGACUGCAGAAUGACCCUUGCAGGAGGAAUGACUGACUCUGUCAUGGUCAAAAGUUUGAUUACAAGGGCAACCAGGGUUACUGUAUCCUUUAUAUAACCUCAAUUUAGAGUAUAUUAAAACUAAAGUUCAAGAGGUCAACACAUGGCACUAAAUGGCACAAAAAUGUGAACAAUUUUUUCCUGUUAGCAGUCUGUAACACUUUGGGUAUUUUGCUAUAGGUGCUAAUUAAAAAAUAUAGAUGUUUAUUUAUUUUAAUGCAGUAAUAUAUGGAGAAAUUACAAACUAUGUAAACAAAAGGGAAACAUUUGUUUGUCUUUAGAUUUAUAAAUUUGAGCUAUUUUAGAGGUAUUCUUAAAAAAAAAAAUCCAGUAGAUUUGAAAGACUUCCUUUUGUUUGUGUGCCAGUUGUCCAAAUACUUUAAAAAUAUAUUUCCAUGUUAUUACCAGUGCUCUUUCAGCUCUGAUACCAUCCUCUAAAAGACAUUGAAAAGUACGCGUCAAAAACGUUGAUUAUUCAAAAAAAGUUUUAAAUUACUAGAAUUACAAUAUUAGGCUCUGUAAAGAUGAUCAUAUUUCACUGCCAGUCACUAGGACUAUAUUCUGUAUCAGCCACAUGAAAUAAUGGAAGCUGGGGCACAACCACUGUAGCAAAAUACCUUGACUGCUUGUGAUACCAUUAGCAUUGCAGGCCAACCUGUACUGUAUUUCCUUCCGAUAACCUCAAGGUACCACAUGUGCUACCACAACACCUCAUUCUCACAAAAGGUGCUCUACAUACUUGCAUUACUGUAGGCAGCUGAAGAAAAAAAGUCUUUCCUUUGAAAGGAACACCUGAUGUUUCACUCUGGUGCUGGCUUGGAUUAAUGGUGCAUUUACUAGGAUUGAGCUGUUUCAGGACUGCCAUAUGUGCAAACUAAUUAUGGAGUGCAGACCAGGAAAAUAUUUGAAAUCAUUUUUUAGAACUUUCAUUAAUACUGUAGUUAUACACCAUAUGCCUCAUUUUAUCCUAGCCUAUUUUGUAAGAAAGAUGUUUGUACAUGACAUUUAGUUUUCUUUAGCUAUUUUUUUUAAUGUUGUACCAUUCUGUGUUACAUGUAUGUCACCAUGGUGCUUUAUUUUUUUUUUUUGACAGCUGGUGCCUGUAACUCGU